AUGGAUGCCAACAAACCGAUACCAUCACAAUUACUAAAUGCACCAUUACAUCAAACGACAGCACAGUCACAAUCACAAUCACAAUCAUCAUCACCAACAGCAGAGUUAAAUAGCGAGUUGACAGCUGCAUCGAUAAACAACAACAAUGACCUGUAUCAUCACAUAAACAAACAUCAACACUUUCACACCGACUGCCUCAUCUCGGCACUCAGAGGCCUGAGGAAUGGCAUCCUAACAGGCGUACGCAUCAGAAUACCCUACAUAUUCCAAGCCGUCAUCUAUGCUGCUAUAUUCAGAGACCCAAGACUGUUGAGCAGGGUCAAGUUUGUAAUCAAACAGAUGUUCUUCCAUGGUCGCAAUCUUGGAUUGUUUGUAGGAAUAUACAAGACGAUAUGUUGUGUGUUUAGGAAUAUUGGAGUGAAGGGUGGCGUGGAGUCAUUGAUCGCAGGCUUUGUAGGUGGUUACUAUGCAUUUGGCGACAGCAAGUCUACUAGUGGCAGUGUUAACAACCAGAUUGUAUUGUACCUCUUUGCCAGAGCUUUGAUCGGAUUCAUCCAGAGUGGUGUCAAGAGGAAGAUCAUCCCAGAGACCCUCUCCACCACAACUCCACAAGGUUUCAGGAUAUUCGCCGGUGUCACACUGGCCAUGAUAUUGUACUUGACAGAGUAUGAACCGGAUACAUUGAACCCAUCAUUCAUGAGCACGAUGACAUACCUUUAUCACAAGUCAGACUCUGGUCCAAUGUUGCCAGCUGAUGAUAAGAAGUUCUCACCAAUCAUCUUGGUCGUCCUGGUCUCAUUGUUGGGCGUCUACUUCCCAUCACUUCAAUUGGAGAACAUCCUUACCAACGUAUUCAAGUUGUAA